AUGGCCGCUCCCUCCGCCGCCCUCUCUGUCUCUGGUACGGCGCAUACAAAUACAUUCGUCUGCAGGAACAACAAGCUAAAGUCAAACAGAAAUCGUUUACAUCUUGCAGUUCCUUCAAGUUCCGAGAGUACAAAUUAUUGUAGAAAGUUAACCAUCUGCAGAGCACAGAGUGAAGAUUCUAAAGGUGGGGGAGGAUUUUUGGCUGGGUUUCUUAUAGGGGGAGCAAUCUUUGGAACACUUGGAUAUGUCUUUGCUCCUCAGAUCAGCAGAACAUUGGAUUCUUUGUUGGAUGAAAAUGGACAAGAUAGUGAAUCUGAUGAAACUGGCCUCCAGAGGGUGCCAAGACGGCAGGGUCAAUAUUAUGAUGAAGGUUUAGAGAAAACUCGUCAAACUCUGGGCGACAAGAUAAGCCAACUGAACUUGGCGAUUGACAAAGCUGCCUCGCGGUUGAAACGCGUCACUGGCAAUGGGGAAAUUGAGGCUCUGAAAGACAAAACAGAAAUUGGGAUUUCCUCAUUGAGCGAUGAUGAGCAUGUGGUGGAAAACUUGAACGAACAUGGUUUUGUGCAAGGUGAAAGUGCUACAUGA